CUGUCUGGUUGCCUGGGUCUCUGGCCAUCCCAGACCGCAGUGUGAAUCCUCCUGCUGAUCUGUCCAGUCUAGAGCCCCUCAGCCACUCAGCCCCAAGAUGGGCCGUGGGAACAAAGUGGACCCAGUUCAAGAUGUCCUGCUUGGGAAGCCAUUUGACCUUGACUUCUUCAGAGGGUCCCAGCUGCUUGGGGCUGGACGUGAGUACUCUCCUGCAGCCACCACUGCAGACAAUGGGGGUGGCAAGAAGAAACAGAAAGAGAAGGAGCUGGAUGAGCUGAAAAAGGAGGUGGCCAUGGAUGAUCACAAGCUAUCCUUGGAUGAGCUGGGCCGCAAAUACCAAGUGGACCUGUCCAAGGGCCUCACCAACCAGCGGGCCCAGGACAUUCUGGCUCGGGAUGGGCCCAACGCUCUCACCCCGCCCCCGACAACCCCUGAGUGGGUCAAGUUCUGUCGCCAGCUUUUCGGGGGCUUCUCCAUCCUUCUGUGGAUUGGAGCCAUCCUCUGCUUCCUGGCCUACGGCAUCCAGGCUGCCAUGGAGGAUGAACCGUCCAAUGACAAUCUAUAUCUAGGCGUGGUGCUGGCAGCUGUGGUCAUCGUCACUGGCUGUUUCUCCUACUACCAAGAGGCCAAGAGCUCCAAGAUCAUGGAUUCCUUCAAGAACAUGGUGCCUCAGCAAGCCCUCGUAGUGCGGGAGGGCGAGAAGAUGCAGAUCAAUGCGGAAGAGGUGGUGGUGGGAGACCUGGUGGAGGUGAAGGGUGGAGACCGCGUGCCUGCUGACCUUCGGAUCAUCUCUUCUCAUGGCUGUAAGGUGGACAACUCAUCCCUAACGGGCGAAUCAGAGCCCCAGACCCGCUCCCCUGAGUUCACCCAUGAGAAUCCCCUGGAAACGCGCAAUAUCUGUUUCUUCUCUACCAACUGCGUGGAAGGCACUGCCAGGGGCAUCGUGAUUGCCACAGGUGACCGGACAGUGAUGGGCCGCAUAGCCACUCUGGCUUCAGGCCUGGAGGUUGGGCGGACGCCCAUAGCCAUGGAAAUCGAACACUUCAUCCAGCUGAUCACAGGGGUGGCUGUGUUUCUGGGCGUCUCCUUCUUCGUGCUGUCCCUCAUUCUGGGCUAUAGCUGGCUGGAGGCAGUCAUCUUCCUCAUCGGCAUCAUCGUGGCCAAUGUGCCUGAGGGUCUGCUGGCCACUGUCACUGUGUGUCUGACCCUGACAGCCAAACGCAUGGCCAGGAAGAACUGCCUGGUGAAGAACCUGGAGGCAGUGGAGACACUGGGCUCCACCUCUACCAUCUGCUCUGACAAGACGGGCACCCUCACCCAGAAUCGCAUGACCGUCGCCCACAUGUGGUUUGACAACCAGAUCCAUGAGGCUGACACCACCGAAGAUCAGUCUGGGGCCACUUUUGACAAACGAUCCCCCACGUGGACGGCCCUGUCUCGGAUAGCUGGUCUCUGCAACCGUGCAGUCUUUAAGGGCGGUCAGGAGAACAUCUCCGUGUCUAAGAGGGACACAGCUGGUGACGCCUCUGAGUCUGCUCUGCUUAAGUGCAUUGAGUUGUCUUGUGGCUCUGUGAGGAAGAUGAGAGACAGAAACCCCAAGGUGGCAGAGAUUCCUUUCAACUCCACCAACAAGUACCAGCUGUCCAUCCAUGAGCGAGAAGACAGCCCCCAGAGCCAUGUGCUGGUGAUGAAGGGGGCCCCAGAGCGCAUCCUGGAACGGUGCUCCUCCAUCUUGGUGCAGGGCAAGGAGAUCCCUCUGGACAAGGAGAUGCAAGACGCCUUUCAGAAUGCCUACAUGGAACUGGGAGGACUGGGGGAGCGAGUGCUAGGGUUCUGUCAACUGAAUCUGCCCUCUGGAAAGUUUCCCCGUGGCUUCAAAUUCGACACAGAUGAGCUGAACUUUCCCACAGAGAAGCUCUGCUUCGUGGGGCUCAUGUCCAUGAUUGACCCUCCCCGGGCAGCUGUGCCAGACGCUGUGGGCAAGUGUAGGAGUGCAGGCAUCAAGGUGAUCAUGGUGACCGGGGACCACCCUAUCACAGCAAAGGCCAUUGCCAAAGGUGUGGGCAUUAUAUCAGAGGGCAACGAGACUGUGGAGGACAUUGCAGCCCGGCUCAAUAUCCCUGUCAGUCAAGUCAACCCCAGAGAGGCCAAGGCGUGUGUGGUGCAUGGCUCUGACCUGAAGGACAUGACAUCGGAGCAGCUGGAUGAGAUCCUCAAGAACCACACAGAGAUUGUCUUUGCGAGGACAUCUCCACAGCAGAAGCUCAUCAUUGUGGAGGGUUGUCAGAGGCAGGGAGCCAUCGUGGCGGUGACGGGCGACGGUGUGAAUGACUCCCCGGCGCUGAAGAAGGCAGACAUUGGCAUUGCCAUGGGCAUCUCAGGCUCUGAUGUCUCUAAGCAGGCAGCCGACAUGAUCCUGCUGGAUGACAACUUUGCCUCCAUUGUCACAGGAGUGGAGGAGGGCCGCCUCAUCUUUGACAAUCUGAAGAAAUCCAUCGCGUACACUCUGACCAGCAACAUCCCUGAGAUUACGCCCUUCCUGCUCUUCAUCAUUGUCAACAUCCCCCUGCCUCUGGGCACCGUGACCAUCCUCUGCAUCGACCUGGGCACUGACAUGGUCCCCGCCAUCUCCUUGGCCUAUGAGGCAGCUGAGAGUGACAUUAUGAAGCGGCAGCCGAGAAACCCACAGACAGACAAGCUGGUCAACGAGAGGCUCAUCAGCAUGGCCUAUGGACAGAUUGGGAUGAUCCAGGCACUGGGCGGUUUCUUUACCUACUUCGUGAUCCUGGCAGAGAAUGGUUUCCUGCCCUCACGACUGCUGGGAAUCCGCCUCGACUGGGAUGACCGGUCUACAAACGACCUGGAGGAUAGCUAUGGACAGGAGUGGACCUAUGAGCAGCGGAAGGUGGUGGAGUUCACCUGCCACACGGCCUUUUUUGCCAGCAUUGUGGUCGUGCAAUGGGCCGACCUCAUCAUCUGCAAGACCCGCCGCAACUCAGUCUUCCAGCAAGGCAUGAAAAACAAGAUUUUGAUUUUUGGGCUCCUGGAGGAGACAGCGCUGGCCGCCUUUCUGUCCUACUGUCCAGGCAUGGGUGUGGCCCUCCGCAUGUACCCGCUCAAGGUCACCUGGUGGUUCUGCGCCUUCCCCUACAGUCUCCUCAUCUUCAUCUAUGAUGAGGUCCGCAAGCUUAUCCUGCGACGAUAUCCUGGGGGCUGGGUGGAAAAGGAGACAUACUACUGAGCCGGUUGGAAAGAAGAACCAGGCAUGGGAAAGAUGGGGUGCCCUGGAAGUGUUACGGGGAUGGUGAUGGGGAGGGGUGAAAAAACUGGAGUAGUUUUUAGGGGAAGAUUUGGAGAGAGAGAAUGAGGUAACUCAGCAGGCUAAGUUGGGAGGAGUGGGUAAAUAAGCUUGGCAUGAUUGCCCCAGAGACGUUACUCUAAGCCAUCAAAUUAGGCCCCUCUCCAGAUCCUGCUCCACCCCACUCUACUAUGUUGUCUAUUUUUAUGAGGAAUUGAAGGUCACCCUAGCCUUCCCCAUUCCCUUUCCCUUCACCCCCACCUCCCACUAGAACAGAUUAACACCCAAAGGCAGGGACCUGUCUAACCGGAAGGAGGGAAAGUAUCUCAGAUCACCAAUGUCUAUCUCUCCAGCCUCAUCCCACUUCCCACCUUCACCCUUGGUUUGCUUCCUGCCCAACUCUGUCCCCUGCUUCCCUCUCCAACCUGGAAAUUACAAAUGGUUCCUCCUGGUGAGGCCAGAAAGGGAAGCUGGUUGGAGACACUGGCUUAUCUCCUAGUCAAAGCUAGUUAUGAACCUCUAGCGGAGAGCUGGACAGAUAGGUCGGGGGGUUGGGAUAUGGCGGAGGAGGUGAGACAAGAAAGGAGAGUGAGUGUCAAUGACACAGCAUUUGACAUGUGGAGUCUCCAGAUAGAAAUCUGGGCUCCAGCUCUGUGUUCUGCUCAUUUAGAGUGCCCUGCCUGCAAACCAAAUUCAAAUGUCAUCAGAGUAGCAGCAGAGGCAGGACAAGAAGGCAAUCUGGAGAGCUUCGCUGAGAUCUCACAUUCAUGUGCCACAAAGUUCCCAUUGACCCUUGCUUUGUGGUCUGUUUUGUCCAUGAGGCCCAGAUGUUACAGAUGCUCCAACUCUCUCAAUCAUACAUGCUUGGUAACACUCACCAUUUAGAAUGCUAAGAAUUUAGAAAUUCCACGUUGUUCCAAGAGGGAUAGCUACCACCAGUUCAUUCCCUGCCCCUCCUAUCUCCCCAUUCAUGCCCACGCUAAUGAAUCUGCCUCAUUCCUAGGCACUGCCAAACCAGGAGUUCCCUGGCCAAAAGUUGGAAGUGAGGUGGAGAUGUUCCCAGAACCUUCCUGUCUUCCAGGGACAUGCAGAAUCAGCUUAGCUCAUGAAUGUGGUCAGAACCUCUGGACAAGAGGGAAAGCAUUAGGAGACCUGCCUUUGACCUCUCAGUCAGCAGGGCUGUCCCUCCCAGGCAAAUGCCCUUCACGUUGAUGUUCAUUGUAACCACUUUCCCUGAGAUGGUCAGUUGGUUUCUGGUUCCUAUGGGAGAUACUUUUCCUUCCCUUACCCCCUCCUCUGAACCUAACCCUUCUUUCUGCUCUGCAGGCAGCUCUGCCCAUUCUCUAAGGCUGGCUUAGAAGGCAUUGGGAAUGUCCUGCAGAGAGAGAUCUAGGUAAACAAAGCAAGUUAGAGACACCUAAGGAAAAUGGAAGACCUAAGGCAGAAAGCAAGGAAGCACAAAAGAUAAAUGUUAGGUCAGGCCCCUAAGCCACCUCCCAAGGUCUGUUACUUCAUUACCCUGAAUUCUAUUUUAUCAGAAGUACCUUGAAAUAAGUGAGUCAUGGCCUUGGGCUUGGAAAACUAAGUGGAAAAUCAUAGUAAUUUGGGCCUUAUUAAUUUGAGAUUUAUUGACUGUGGACAAAAGUUUAUCUUUGCACAAUCAGUAAAAAUGGCAUUUGUUUAGUAAAUUAAGAGCAUAAACAACAUUUCUAAGGGUGGCAUAUUUAGUCUACAUAAAACAAUACUUUUCAGGCAUUUUAGGAAUCUCCAUUUAGAAGUAGUGAGUGUAUGGGCUAAUUAUUAUCAAUUUGUAUGUAUUUGUUAAAGAAACAUCUGCAAGACUUUCACUUGGUGACCUUUUGUAAAACAUUAGUUUGAGACACUACAUAUGUACUUGAAAAUAAUAAAGUU